AUGCCGGCGCCAGCUUCCACCGAGUCUAGUGCACACCAAGACACUAAUAUUAGUAAGGCGGCAUUUGCUGCCAAGGCUGCGGAUUUCAUCCAAAGGAUGGGAUUUGAUAUGCGAGCCUCCAACCCCCGAGAUUUUGAGCUUGAGGAUACAGUACUUGCAAAAGUCAGGGACUUGGGCAUUCAGGACUCUCAACUUGAACCUCUACUUCGAGUCCACGAACAAGCCUGUUUGUUCACAACACUUUGCAACAGAAGUGCUUGCCAAAACCUCAAGGUAUCUCUUGCAGUGUUUACGGAGCUCAUCUGGAUGGUUGAAGAGCAUGUUGUUGACAAAAGCUCUGCUAAGCAAUUCACCUUUAAUCUCAUGAACAAUUAUCCCCAGACAGAUCCAUAUCUCGAAGCUUUGGCAAAGUACUUAAAGGUCGAAGUCGGUCAUGAUUUGGGCGAUUUUCGGACUGGCAUUUUACUGGCCUCGUGGAUAGAUACUCUGAACUCUAUGGUUUUGGAGUCAGAGCUCGCGGAGAAUCGGGCAACGACCGUAUUAGGGUAUCACACAUGGAUAAGAGCCAAUACUGGUGGCGGGGCUGCUGUCUGUCAAUUCCUGAUUCCGACAGAGCAGGAUUUUGAGAAGAACUGCUUCGAGUACAUGCAACUAACUGCAGCGGUCAACGACAUGAUUAAUUAUGUCAACGACGUCUUGUCCUUUUACAAAGAGUGGAUUCAAAGAAAAGAGGACUGUUUUAUUACUCAAAUCUCACGGGAAAACUCUUGCACCGUGAUGGAAUCACUGGAUUGGUUGUUGGAGCAUACUGUGACUCUCUACUUGAACCACUGUUCCGUCAUGGCUACUUUUCCCGGUAAUUUGCUCUAUAUUUACCGAGACUUUGUGAUGGGAUAUAUAGAGUGGCACUUUCGUAUCAAUAGGUAUAAACUAGACGAGAUUGGCCUUUAUCUACAGGAAUAG